AUGUGGCAGCGGUUACAAUGGCUGAGGAUUCACGUGCUACUCCUCUCCCUGCUGAUGAUACGUGCUGUAUUCGGUGUGGAUGCCGAUUUCGAGUCCUUGAUUUCCAGGAUGGCCCUGGAUGAUUCGCCGAUACCGGACCAUAUUCCAAAUGUGGUUCAUUUUGUAUUCGUCACGAUUACACCGAUCGGCUGGUCUGAGUAUGUGGCCGUGCGCUCUGCUGCGGUCAAUUUGAAGGCCGAGAUCAUUAAUAUCUGGGUCCCCAUGGAGGCCGAUUUUAUAGGGAAUAUGUGGGGAAGAGUGCUGGAGAUACCCGGUGUGGUUCUAAGAAGAACGGAAAUGCCCGACUCCGUCUAUGGGCACAAAGCGGUCGCCUUGGCACAUCGGUCGGACUUCGCAAGGCUGAAAGCGCUAUACUCAGAGGGUGGCAUCUAUAUGGAUACGAACUUGAUAGCGUUACGUUCAUGGGAUCCAAUCAUUUUCAAUGCGUCUACUCGCAACACCGUCCUGGGAUACGAACACGGUACCGCUCUGUGCAAUGCCAUGAUUAUGUCGAAACCUCGCGCGCCAUUUUUGAGGCGUUGGUUGAGGACUUACAGAAUAUUUCUUGAAUGGCCCAAGCUUUGGAACUUUCAGUCGGGCACUCUGCCGUGGCUCAUGCAUGUUUUGGGAGAUCGUGAUCUUACGGUUCUGGACAAUCAUGCCUGGUUCUAUCCUCUGUAUGGCGAGGGAAUGAAUACAUUAUGGCUGGGCAAGAGCUGGUGGGAUAUCGGCCGAAAUUACGGGGUGCAUCUGUGGCAUUGGAAAAACGUGUCAAUACCAGAUCUCCUUUCUAAAGAUGUUGUUCGGGAGAUAGACACACCUUUCUUCUGUGCUAUCAGAAAUUUGUUUGAUGAUUUUGAUGGGGAUGGCUACAUAUCCACACCUAUGGCAGAAAACGCGAAUUGCUCCACAGUGUGGAUGGGAGGUGUUGCCACCAAUUCGCAGGGUUUAUUUGCAUCUUAUGACUUUUCGACAGAUACGACCAACACUAAAUGGGUUGACAGCUCUGGAAAUCAUCUCCACGGCUGGGCUCCAAAUGGCACAGUGAUUACCCAUCAUUCGAACAAGUCCACGGUGAGGUACUUCUCUGCUGGUUCGUAUGCAGUUCUUCCCGUCCCAGCCGAUUACGAUGCUCGUGUCGGAACCAUCAGUAUGAGGAUAAACUUUGAUGGAUAUGGACUCCUCUCGGAGUUGCAACUUUUCAAGCUGCGAAUAGCGAACCAGCGGGAAUUACUCAUAAGCUUAUUGUCUGACCCUUCAGACCAAAGCACAAGAAUCAGGUUCCAGUGGACGGAAGAGUCUUGGUUCUCACCCUGGAAAGAGGCAAUUGACUGGUCCAGCAGAAAGGCGCCCAUCGUGGCCGGCCAAUUUCACAAUCUCACGGUAUCGUUUGAUCGACAGUUACGUGGAGUUGUUCUUGUUUUUGUGGACGAUACCCUAGUAUCAAAGACUCUCAUGAGUGUCCUAUCGACACCUCGAAUUGCACUCGACACCUGGAUUAAUGCGCGGCACGCGGAAAACCUGGAUACGGGCUUCAGAGGUUACUUUAGUCAUUUAAAGAUGUAUUCUAGAGCAUUACCCGAGGAUGAGUGGGCUAACGCUCAGCUCAUGGAGAAAGUUAGCAUCUUUAUCCUUUGCUGCGGCGUAGGUAAUUUCACCCCGAAGCAAGCGAAGGGGUUUCAGCGUGCUAGGCGAAUCCAUGGCCCUUACACUGACACAUUCGAACUCGAGCCUUGGCUUCGUUUCAAAGCCGAGUAA